CUAUCGGUUGCCAUUGACAAUUUCAUAGCCGCCACAUUGCACUCCGACUUUCACUCCAACCGACACCCAUCCCGUCCUGUCUCCUCCUCUACAUCCACACCGCGCCCCCCCCCCUCCCCACCUCCCCAAAUCCAUGUCGAGCAGCACUCACGCCGGGACUGGGACUCCGCCGCCUGCCCCGCCAACGCCGUCGCAUGCGGUGAAUACGCCUGAUGACACGCUCGUCCAGAUGCACAAAAUCCUCGUCCCUUCGCAGACCAAUGCGUUCUCCAUCUCGCUGCUCGGAGGCGAGCUGCUCAAGUGGAUGGACACGUGCGCCUGUCUCGCGUCCGAACGCCAUUCAAAGCAUCCUUCCGUCACAGCAAGCAUGGACGAUCUGCAGUUCCGUGAGCGUGUCAGAGCUGGUCAACUCGUGCGCAUUAGUGCCAAAGUCACACGCGCGUUCAAUACAAGCAUGGAAGUCGCGGUCAAGGUCUUCUUGGAAGAUCCGCUCAAUUCCGGCAGCGUUGCCAUGUGCGAAGCAUACUUUACGUUCGUCUCGCUGGACAGCCAAGGGCAGAAGGUGGCAAUUCCAGCACUCGUCCCCGUGUCCGAACAGGAUAAAGAUCAGCACAGUCUUGCCUUUGAGCGUCGUCAAAUCCGUCUCGAUCGAAAGACGUCGAUUGAGAAGGUGGCAGAAAUUCUCCAAAACCAGGCAGCUCGCCGCUCUUCCAUCGACAUUGCUCCGGAAAAUCUGUCGUCGUCGCGAACUCUGCUCGAUGGCAGCCGUACCGUAGUUCCCGCAGGUCUAACCAUGGUGGAAAGCUGGGAGCUUGUGUUGCCUCAGCAUGCCAAUCACCACAACACGGCUUUCGGUGGUCAGAUCAUGGAGUGGAUGGAAAUGAACGCUACUGUCUCUGCAAGCCGACUGGCCAAGUCCUACCCGCUGCUGGCAAGCAUUGACGACAUUCAUUUCCUCGGACCCAUCAAAGUGGGCGAGCGUAUCAUCAUUCGCGCUCAGGUGAACAAUUCGUUCACGACCAGUAUGGAGGUCGGGGUGCGCGUCGAUGCAGUGAGCAUUCACGAUCCUCAGCCGCGCCUUGUCAACACGGCCUACUUUACUUUUGUGGCGAUUGAUGGCGAUGGAAAGCGAGUCAAGCUGCCUCCGUUGUCGGUUGCAAACGCGGACGAGCGUCUCCGGCACGAUGAGGCCAUUGCGCGUCGCCAAGUCCGUUUGGAUCGCAAGAAAAUCCGCAGUGAAAAGGCAGAGCUCGCUGUCCAUUGCACGGAGGACAAUCUCAAGGAAUUGUGCCUGUCGAACGUGUCCAAUCUCACGAUUCUGAAAUCAACCCGCGACUGGGAUGUUCUUUCGGAGCGCGACGGCAUUCAGUUCAUGACCAAAGACGUGGGCAACACGCUGGUCGUGCGCGUAGAGUGUUUUGUCUCGGCCAGCGCCGGCGAAGUCUACCAACUGCUCGAAGACAUGUCGCUCCGCUCAGAGUGGGACAAGUUGUUUGUCAGCUACGACACUCUUCGCAAGAUUGACUCUGACAAUGACAUUUUUCACAUCAAAAUGCGCUCGCCGACAAGCCUGGUCGCGGGUGCGGCUCAACAGCCUCCGCAGGAUUUCGUGUUGCUGACCUCGCGACGUCGUCCGACCGACUUUUCCAAGCACUAUGUCAUUGCCCAUCGCUCGGUCAUUCAGGAGAAUAUGCCUUCAGUCCAAGGAUAUUCCCGUGGUGAAGUUGGCAGCUCUGGCUUUAUCAUCACGCCAACGGGCUCCAAAGGAUCGGACAAGACCCACAUUGUGUACUUGAACCAAUUUGGUUCGAGUGUUCUCAGCUACAUGUCUGGCGACAUGAUUGGCGUGUCCAACAUGCUCCACAACUCGCUCGUGCGCCUUCGUGAAUUUGUUUCCAACAGCAACUCUGUCAAACACCUGCAGGAGACCGUCCUGAACCGCAUGAUUGAGCAAGAGCAGCACAAUGUGGACUCGUUGUCUGAGCAGUGCGAUCGCUUGUUCCAGCCUCCUGCCACACUGACCGCGGACUUGGUGGCCGCACAAGCCCGCUUGGUCGAGCUCAAGAAGCAACGAACGGCCAUCAUGCAAAUCCGUCGCGUGUAACGUGCACAAGUGUUUGGUUGCAAGUGUGUUUGUCUGGACGUCAAUCAACAAAGAACUCUGCAACUUUGAAACGCUUGAAGAGAGUCAAUUUGGGAUGUAACUUGAUUUUGCAUUAUCGAACAGCAUGUCAACCAAACAAAAUGAAGCACAUCAAAGAGACACA